AUGGAUAGAACCAUGCCAGUGUCGCCAGUAUUUCCUAUCAGUUGUAAUCGCUUGGCGACAAUUCAAAGACACAAGCCAUUGGAGCAACAUAUAAAUGCAUUGCUAGCUGAUUUACAAAAUACGGUAUCGCCGGAUGGAAAUCACCAUUUAAAUAAUAGAUCAACUCCAGGAUAUGGAUCGUUGAAUGGCAGCCGAACUCACCCACAAAAUAUUUAUCGAUCUUAUGACAAUCGGACGUCGCCACUACCUCCGCAAUCGCCGACUUACCAAAAUCGGGAAAUAAUAGAGGAAGUAAAAACUUCAGGAUCUUAUCAGCCAUCAGGAAAAAUGCCAUCUUUGAAUAACAAUCUUUCUGAAUUAGACACAUUACUUCAAGACUUAAGUAAUGCUCGCUACAAUUCUUAUUCUAUAGAACGCGACACAAGAUCAUCAACUGGAGCAUUGAACAAUGAAACAAGUCCAAUGAUGAGGUCACCAAGCAGCUUAUCAACAUCACGUCCAACUGUGGAUGCUCUGUUGGAAGAAUUAAACACCGCAGUACCUAACGGAGAUUACGGUCAUGAAGGAAGAGUAAAAGUAACGAUUCAAGAAACAUCUACCGAAGUGCACCCAGUGUAUGAAAGUCACCUAGGUCGUCAAAAUGUACUGGAGCGAUCCAGUGGCUAUUUGAACGGUCAUACUGCUAGCAAUGCAACGAAAGAGCUUGACGAUCUGAUGGCCUCUCUUUCAGAAUUCAAGAUAAAUGGUAGUACCCAUCAGCAUCAAACAGUGACAGACUCUCCCUACGCAAAGCCGAACAAGGCGACUAAGAGUGCUUCAAGUCCGUUACCUACGGAAACUGGUGGAUCAGCAGCACAAACUAGGAUUCAUUUUUCUGAAACCCACUCGUCACACCAGUAUCAACCGCAGCAAGGCGAGAGCAGUCAUACAUUGACAACAACCCACAUAAAGCAAAACCAGUUGGAUUCUAUGCUUGGUAAUCUCCAGGCAGAUAUGAGUCGUCAAGGUAUCAAUACAACCCAGAAAGGAUGCUGCAGUGCUUGCGAGAAGCCUAUUGUCGGGCAGGUAAUCACUGCUCUAGGUAAAACGUGGCAUCCGGAACAUUUUACCUGCACUCAUUGCCGUGAGGAACUUGGAACUCGCAACUUUUUUGAACGAGAAGGUCAUCCUUACUGCGAGAAUGAUUACCACAAUUUAUUCUCACCUCGUUGUGCUUACUGCAAUGGACCAAUUUUGGAUAAAUGCGUGACUGCGUUAGAGAAGACUUGGCAUACAGAGCACUUCUUUUGUGCUCAGUGCGGCAAGCAAUUUGGUGAGGAUGGAUUUCAUGAACGUGAUGGCAAACCUUAUUGCCGUGAGGAUUACUUUGACAUGUUCGCUCCUAAAUGCGGAGGAUGCAAUCGUGCAAUAAUGGAAAAUUAUAUCUCAGCGCUUAAUAGUCAGUGGCAUCCUGACUGCUUCGUUUGCAGGGACUGCAAAAAAGCUGUGUCAGGUAAAUCAUUUUAUGCGAUGGAAGGAAAACCAGACUGUCGACAAAAAUUCCAAGGCGGUUCUUUCUUUGACCAUGAGGGUUUGCCAUAUUGCGAAACACAUUAUCAUGCAAAGCGUGGGUCUCUUUGCGCUGGUUGUCAUAAACCGAUUACUGGGCGUUGUAUUACUGCAAUGUUUCGUAAAUUUCAUCCGGAACAUUUUGUUUGCGCCUUUUGCCUUAAGCAACUCAAUAAAGGGACUUUCAAAGAACAAAAUGAUAAACCUUAUUGUCAUGGUUGCUUUGAAAAGCUUUUUGGGCGUUGUAUUACUGCAAUGUUUCGUAAAUUUCAUCCGGAACAUUUUGUUUGCGCCUUUUGCCUUAAGCAACUCAAUAAAGGGACUUUCAAAGAACAAAAUGAUAAACCUUAUUGUCAUGGUUGCUUUGAAAAGCUUUUUGAAGGAUAA